AUGGCUCCCUCAAGGUCGGCAGCGGCAACUUCGCCAUAUGCGAAAGACGAAAAGGUCCUAUGCUUCCACCAUGAUAUGCUGUAUGAGGCGAAGAUUCUGGAUGUUAGACCAACGGAGGACAAGGAGAACCCAUCAUGGCAAUACAAGAUCCACUACAAAGGAUGGAAGAACACGUACCCUUGA